CCCGAGUCUGCGCCGCCGCAUAAUCUGAGAAAUUUCAGGCGGUGAGUGCAGCCAGAGCGCUCUCCAAAACCUUGAGAAACUUUCCGGCGUCAGCUCCAACACUUUGCUGAAAAGGUCAUGUUGGAAAGCAAAGUACAACCGACUCAUAGCAAGUCCACUGGUCUGCCCCGGAAGCGUUUCUACCGAGCAAGAGCACACAGUAACCCUCUGAGUGACUCCCACUUUCCAGUGCCUGUCGCCCCAAGUCAUGUGGACUACUCUCUUCAUUACCCGCAGCUCUUCCCCUCUACUGAUGAAGCCAGUAGUUGCAAGAAGAUCCAGUUUGCAGAUAUUGGCUGUGGUUUUGGCGGGCUUCUGAUAAGCCUUUCAACCCUUUUCCCCGAGACUCUGAUGAUUGGAAUGGAACUCAGGGAUAAGGUGACAGAGUAUGUCAAGGAAAGGAUUUUGGCUCUGAGGUCGACAAAUCCAGGUCAAUACCAGAAUAUCUCAGUGGUUCGCACUAAUUCCAUGAAGUACAUCCCGAACUACUUUGAGAAAGCACAGCUGUCAAAGAUGUUUUUCCUGUUCCCUGAUCCUCACUUCAAAGAGAAAAACCAUCGCCGUAGGGUGAUCAGUCCAUUCUUGCUGGAUGAGUAUGCUUAUGCUCUAGAAGUUGGUGGCAUUAUUUACACAAUAACUGAUGUUGAAGAACUUGGAGAAUGGAUGAAGACUUGUUUAGAGAAUCACCCAAUGUUUGAAGCUCUCACAACUGAAGAACUCAAAGCAGAUCCAGUCACAGAACUCUUAAGUUCUGCAACCGAGGAAGGCCAGAAGGUGGACAGAAAUGGGGGACAGACUUUCCGCGCAAUUUACAGACGCAUUGCUCCAUUGCUAUGAUUUUUGUUCUUCUGUACCAAUAGAAUGAUUGAUUACUUGGAAGUGUUGUAUUCUUCUCUUUUAUUUACUAUUGUACUGAGCUAGCAACUCUCAAAGUAGUCUUUACUCUUUAGAAGGAUUGUGGUUUCUGAAGUGUUGGAUCCCCCUUAUUUUAUUCAAUCUAUACAUUGUCUUCACUUCACAA